CACGAGCGCUGCCGGUUGCGGAAAUGAUUUGCCCUGUGUUACCUGUAGUGCCCUGGAGGCCUUUACAACAUGUACAGGAUAAGAUAAUGCACUCCAAAGUUGUAAACGGAGGGACUGGACCUGCAGACUUUCUCCUGGGCCUCUAAUCCAUCGUAGUGGUCUUUGUUGGAAUCCAGUCCUGGGAUGUCUGGUUGGGAGGUAGAUGAUUAAGCUGCAGACAUGGAAGGGAAAGGACCCUACCGCAUCUACGACCCUGGUGGGGGGACACAGGAAGAGGCGGCCGCAGCCUUUGAGCGGCUGGUGGAGGAGAACACUCGGCUGAAGGAGAAGAUGCAGGGGAUAAAGUCUCUAGGAGAACUGCUGGAAGAGUCCCAGAUGGAAGCAUCGAAGCUGCGGCAGAAGGUGGAGGACCUCGUGAAAGACAAUGAGAUGCUGAGGUCGUCUUCCUCUUUCGACAAACUGCCUGAAAUAACAGGAGGUGAUCCAGAGCCACACCUGUCCCCUGCGGGUCCAGGCAAAGCUGAGAAGGAGCCGGAUACAGAAGCUCAGAAGCCUCCAUCCACUGGAUCCUCCUCAGAGUUCGAAAUUGUAUCUGGUGAGGACAAGAGGCUUUCCCAGGAGAGCAGGAAGUCGGACGCAGAGCUGCAGAACGAGGACACUAACCUGAUGCUGCACCUGCAGCGGCUGGAGAGCACCUUGAGCGUCUUCGCCGAGGAGCCGGACAAGAACCAGGUCUUGGCUCACCUGGGGCGCAUGGCCCUGGAGUUUAACCGCCUGGCCUCCAAAGUGCACAAGAACGAGCAGAGGACAUCCGUUCUGCAGACGCUGUGUGAGCAGCUGCGUAAUGAGAACGAGGACCUGCGGGCAAAGUUGGAGAAGGAUUUGGAGCAGAGGAACCAGGCUACGGAGAAGCUUAGGUGUGAGAACCUGGAGCUGAGGAAGAUGGUAAUGAUGAGCAACAAGGUGGGCGUGAAAGGGGACGGUGUGGAGAGCGCUGGUCAGCAGCAGAGUGGAGUGGUGGCAGAGAAAGCAUCGGUCAAGGGCGUGCCAGGGGCCAGUGAGAAGAAGGUGAAGAUCCUCGAGCAUCAACGCAAUGAGCUGCUGGAGGUGAACAAGCAGUGGGAUCAGCACUUCAGGUCCAUGAAGCAGCAGUACGAGCAGAAGAUCACAGAUCUGCGCCAGAAGCUGGCAGACUCCCAGAAGGCGCUGGACGAGCUGGAGGCAGAGCGAGAGCCGAAGCAGAGGGACUUUGAUCGCAAACUUCUCCUGGCAAAAUCCAAGAUAGAAGUGGAGGAGGCAGAAAAGGAGAGGCUGGCUGGGGAGGUAAGGGAUCUGAAGCAGAGAAUCAGGUUCCUGCAAGAGCAGCUGGCACCGGUCACCAAGCAAAGGGAGUACCAGGAGAAGGAGAUCCAGAGGCUAAACAAGGCCCUGGAGGAGGCCCUGAAUGUCCAGGCCCCUGCUCCUGCCCCUUCUGCACUCAGUAAUGCUGUGGAGCCGGGCGGGAGCAUGAGACCGCACGAGCUGCUGACCCAGAACGAGCUCCUGAAGCAGCAGGUGAAGAUCUUCGAAGAGGACUUCCAGCGGGAGCGGCACGACAGAGAGAGAAUGAACGAGGAGAAGGAAGAGUUGAAGCAGCAGCUGGAGAAACUUAAGAAGCAGUUAACGGUCUCCAACAACCAGCUGCGACUCUUCAAGGACGACUGUCAGCGAGAGAAGGAGGAAAAGGAGAAACUGAAGAAGCUGCUGAAGCAGCACAAGCAGGUUUCUGGAGAGAGGCUGCACCCAGAGCCGGUCCCAGGGCCUCUUGGCCCUACCUGCCCCAUGUACCAGUUCCAGUAUAGCCCUCCAGUGCCUCACCCCGUCUACCGUGGCUACGAGGACUGGCAGCAAAUCCGGUACCCACCUUCAGCAAUGCCGGGCGACCAUCCACCAGUGCAAAACUUUCACCACUUCCCUCCUCCAGAAUACACCUGGCGCCCACCUUGUGCUGUGUCUAGGGCCCAGAACUCCCAAGCAGUGGAGGGAAUGAAACCACUGCCCAAGGAAUCCGAACCUGCAGGGCUUGGGUUACCGAAAAACCAAAGGCCGGUUUAGCUGUGGGCUAAUCUCAGAAGAAGAGGGGACGGGAAGUGUGCGUGCCUGAGUGUGUAUAGACCCUGCCUCCUGCUAGUUAUCCUGUGCACACACUCUGUAUAUAACAGCAGAUCCUUGAUGGGCUGGGAGUUGCUGAAGAGAGAACGCCCCGUCCCCUGAGGAGCUGCUGAGGAGCAGGUAGCAUGGGUGCUUCCUUGGAAUCCUGACUGGGAACCCAGCCUACGGGGGUUGUGCAAAUGGCCCCGUGUGGUGAUCUUGUUCCUAGCCAUGUCGCUUUGGUUUUAAUUUGAUUCCCAGCCUUGCAUUCUGCAGCAGCACCUGCUGGGAGCCUCUCGUUUCCUAUGUUUCAACAGAGCCUUCCGUGGAGGAUUUUGCUGCAGCCUGGUUUUGUAUUUUAACAUGUAUUUGCUGGCUGACCCCAGAGACUUUUUCCCAUCAAAUAGCUUAGGUGGGAGAGCCGCCCCAUACAAUCGCAUGAUGAGCAGAAAGGCCAGCUGAACAGCUGUCUGAUACCUUGGAUAGAUGGGUAGGGGAGAGGGUUUAAUUGUGUGUGGUUCUUUUCAUAGUUAAAAAGAAGCCAAGCUGAAGCUAAACUGAAUCCAUUGGUUCAUAUCAUUUACCUGUGAACACUCUCUAGGACUACAGUGAGCGCUCUGGCUUGGAUGGCUUUUAAAGUAUCCUGAGCCCAGGAGCCAAAUGUAAAUGUGUCUUGUCUCUCCAUUGAAACUCGGGCAUGUAGCGCUUGCCCCAUGUAGAUACUGCCCAGCCCUGUGUACAUAUAUAUACAUACAGACUCGCUGUCCAUAGAAGAUGUGGCAUCCCUCAUAGAUUGACCUCACAGUCCAGUCUGAGUGAUCAGGGAGCCGCUGGUCUAUGGUGUGCAAUAACCCUGCCUUUAUUGCUCCCAGGGAGCAGGCUGUGAACUCUACCCCUCUUCUCCCACGUCCUCAAAGCAGAGCUAACGAGCCACCUUUCAGUAAUGAGUUAAGAUUUUAGGGCCCGAUUCAGCAAGGUGCUUUAAGCACGUGUCUAACAUCAGGCGUGCUUUGACAUCGGUGGGACCUCUCACCUGCUCAAAGACAAGCGUGUGCUGUACCUUGCUGAAGUGGGGACCCGAGGGAGAGGAGGAAAACCUGAUAGAAGCAGCAAACAAUAGACACAAGUUCCUUUGUGGGCCCAGGCAGACCUGUUCUACUCCAUCCUGUUUUAUCCCCCUGCAGUGCACCCCUGGGUUUGCCCGGCUCUGCAGACUCCCCGGGGUAGCUGUUGUGAAGUGCCGGGGUGUGCUGAACAGGAGGCUCUGAGUACUUGCUGUUCAGUACUGGCAGUGGCUUUGAAGGGGUGACAGGUCUUCCAAAGAAAAAAAUGACAAUGAAACAAGGUCUGAGGACAGGAAAGGAAUGGCCACGUUCCGAUUCCUCAGUCUCCCUGAAGAGGCUAAUGUGUCUGUUCUUAUGUAAGCGUAUUGUGUGUGCAGUGUAUUGUUGUCUUUAAUUAAUCUGCUGUAUGUUAAUUACGCAAA